CCAACAUAAGCUGAUCGCGGACCGAUGAUCUACGUCUGACGGUCCGGCCUGAGAUAGACUGAGUUAAGGACCCGGUGAGAGCGAACAAGUAUCACAAUGGUAUCGAUCUCGACCGGAGGAGGAAAGAAUCUGUUCAGCAUGAGAACGUACACAGCUCUGACGAUGAGCGCGAUUAUGCUGACAAUUAGUCUCACCAGUGCGGAAAAGAUCGACACGCCUAUCCCGUGCGGAAACACGUCAGAUUGUAGGAGCAUGCUGACACUUCCGAGAGAUGCUUUUUGCAAGGACGGAUAUUGCAUGUGCCCGAAUGUAGAUAACGGAGUUAAAUUCUGCUCAAGCAUUCAAGCGUUUAUGCACGAAAAUAAAAUCCCAGGCCCGCUAUUCUAUCGAACAUGCAAACACAAUCAAGACUGUAAAUACGAGGGCGGAUUUUGUAACAGUACUAUUAGUCAGUGCGAUUGCGUGAAGGAUUACGUGCCGGCGAAGAAUAAGCAACAUUGUGUCCAAAAGGUCCGUUCGAUCGAUGCUUCUUGCACAGAUGAAAAUCAGUGUUUAGCGUUUCUGGCGAACACCACUUGUGAGGCUAAUAAAUGCGUUUGCGUAUCCGGUUAUUAUUACAUAGACAAUGCAUGUUGGAGAAUGGCCGGAUACAGGCGACCUUGCACGAAAAAUCAGGAAUGCUCGCAUAUUGAGGGUGUGAUCUGUACAAAAGAUAUGAAGUGCGAAUGCGCGUCCGAAUCGGUCCUGAAUAUGGACGGCAAGAGAUGUCUGAUGGCUGCGAUAAAGAUUCAGGACGAAUGCACGGAAUCGGUACAGUGCUCGGCGACGUUCGAAAACUCAUUGUGCCUCGACAAAAAGUGCCAGUGCGAAUCGGAUUAUCAUUACGAGCACGAUUUGGCGAGGUGUUUUCCCAACAGAGCUCUCGACGAUGGUUGCGCGAAUAAUUACGAGUGCUAUCAAGCCGAGGAUUACGAGGAGAAUGAUUCGCCGAUCAAGUCUGUGAUGUGCGAGGCUAACAAAUGCACGUGCGUCAAGAAUCUUGUCAGGCAAGAGGAUAAAUGCGUGAGUGCCGGUUCAUCGUUCGGUACGUCAAUAAUCGUUUCUGUGAUAACGCUACUUUGCAGCACUUUAGUCUUGUAAGAUACAAUCUUCCCGCGAAGUAAACACGCGAUAUCGUUGCAAGUCAGCAGAGGUAAACUUUUGAUAAUUCCAAUAUUAUGUAUAUAUUUGUAAGAAAAAUUUAAGAAGGGAACACACAUUGGUGAAACGCAAACAGAGGCGCUGUUGUGUCUAAGGCAAAUAUUUGUAUUAUUACGAAAACUGAGGAGGGUCGCAAAUUUCUCACAAAUAAUAGAAAUGUUGCUUUAACGUGCGCGAAACUUGGACAAACAGUGCCUAACAAAUCAAGAUGCAUGCGAUUGCAUGAAUUUCCUAUGUAAAUUGUAAUUCACACGCGCGUGUAUGCGUGUUCGUAAGAUUGUCGCGAUGACAGUUCAAGAA